AUGGUUGAUGAUGAUCUACCUAAUUUAAAAUAUUUCUCAUUAACAUGUUAUCGUAGCACUGAAGGAUUUGGCUCUUAUCUCGAUAAUAAAAUUCUUAUUCAUAUACCACAAGUUCAUACAUUUACAGUUUAUAUCGCUUCUCCAAAUAUCAAUUCUGAUUCAACUAUUCGUAUAUAUAAUUAUAAUGUUCAACGAACAUUCACAAAUAAACAACAUUGA